AUGUCAACUUUAAGAACAGGACAACAACUGCAAGAGCCACUUGAUUUGAUUCGUUUCCAAUUAGACGAAUUUGUUUUGGUGAAGUUAAGAGGAGCUAGAGAAAUGAAAGGUAGACUUCAAGGGUAUGAUUCCCAUUGUAAUAUGGUGUUAAGUGAAGCUCAAGAGUUUAUAUUCAAUGAAACUGAUAGUGAGCCUAUAGUUAAAAAGACUGAAAUGGUGUUUGUUAGAGGAGAUUCUGUCAUUUUAGUGAGUCCAACCACAGAAUAA